AUAUCUCAGGAAUUUUGUUAUUUUUUAUUGAUAAACGCCUCGUUUGUUCGUCCGGCUAAGCUUGGGAACGCAUCUUUCUAGGCUUGGAAAAGAAAGGUGAAUACCAAGAAUUAUACUUCUAGAAAAGUAGUUUUUGGUCGAAAACAGACCUUUAAUUCCAAUAUGAGGCUAAGAAUAUCAACGUUCUUGUGCUUUACAUUAUUUGUCUUAUCACGUGCUGCACCCUCGAGAAGACUAGAAGGAGAAAGCGCCAAAAAAGAUGACCAAGCCCCACCAAUAGAACAAGGACAGGAGCCUUUCGCGUUUAUGCCAGAAGAUGGAGCACCAGGAAAUGAAAUGCUCAAUGACUGUUGUGCACCAGGUCCCACAUGYCAGAACCCCUGCCAACAACCUGCCCCUGCCCCUGCCCCACAGGCAUUUGCAAUCAACUUUGCAGGGCCUCCACCACCAAUGCCUCAACCAGCACCCCCUCCAGUCUAUACAGGCGAUAACUGUUGUCAACCAUCAGCACCAAAUUGCCUAAAUCCAUGCGCUCCUCAAGCUGCACAAAUCCCACCAGCUCCAAUGAUGGCACCGAUGGCGCCGCCUCAACCCAUGCCAAUGCCUCAACCUAUGCCAAUGCCUCAACCUAUGCCAAUGCCUCAACCUAUGCCAAUGGCCCAACCUAUGCCAAUGGCCCAACCCAUGAUGGGUGCACCGAUGGGUGCGCCAAUGGGCGGUCCCUGCUGUGACCCUAACGUUGUGCAGCAGUGUGCCAACCCUUGUGCACCACCAACUGGUGAUGAAGGCAAAGAAAGACAGACUUAUCAACCAUAUCCAGGUGAAAUAACAUUCAAACUUAUGCAAAAAUGGCAUGAUGACUACUUAGAUGAUAAUUCAGCUGCUACAAAAAUCCUUAAAGGAAACGUUAUAAAGGCUAUCCAAGUAGCCCUCGGUGCAAGUGAUGACGAGGCCGAUCAGCAACAAAACGAUUACUAUCAAGGCUAUGGCGGUCAAGGCUACGGAGGUCAAGGCUAUGGCGGUCAAGGAUAUGGCGGUUAUGGUGGAUUUAUGCCACAUCCAAAAGCUUCAGUCACCAACGUAUAUUUCAGGGAAGGCUAUGUACCAGGUAAUCCCAGCACUAUGCCAAUCACAGUUGCACAUGCUAUUGUAAAUGGAGGAUCAGACGAUGCGUCAAAAUUACAGGCUCUUGUUACUCCCGACGGCUCAUUAGGAGAUGGACUUAAAGUCUACAAGGACUCCUUCAGUGCUUAUUAAAUCAUUACGGAAACGUAUAACAUCGACAAAUACAAAACACGAACAAUCAGCCCUGUAAGACCUGUGUAUGUGAACAUGGAACAAUAUAUACAUACACCAAUAAGGCCUUACCGAAAAGGGCCUCUUUGUAAUAUAUGGACCUAAAAAUACUGGUCACAAACCUAUCACGUGAUACUCUGCUGAUUUAUCAUAUUCAUUCGAAUUGUUUAAUAGAACAUUUUUCCACUUCGAAUUUCUGUCUUAAUAGAACACGAUUAAUGCUUCCAAAGCCAAUGAAUGUCAAAUCGAAAACUAUAAUUUUGUUAAAACAGAGUACAUUUUUUUUGUUUUAUUAGAAUUGCAAACAAGAGGUUUUAAGUGACCUUGUACAAAGUAUCAUCGACUUAGUACCCAACCAAUUGAGUUGGUACUCAAGUGACUAUUGUGAAUAUAUUUCUUAGAAAGGGUUUCUUACUCCGUGUGUAUAAUAAUAAAAUUACCGUGCCAAAUAUUUAAAACCUAGUUAUAUGGGUGAACAAUAGCUUAUAAUCAUUAGAAUGAUUUUGAACUCUUGAGGGUUUAUGAAUAUUACUAAUCGUAAUUUAUAGGUGUGUAAUAAAAACAUGUCAAAACGAC